AGUUUGAAAGAUGCCGGAACAAAUGAAAAUUCUCAAAAAUCUGUAAAUACCAAAAGAAAUUUACGCAAAUAUGGCGUCAGAAAUCAACAGUGAUCUGACAUGCGCACAUCAGAAAUCAACGUUUCUUCAAAGUAUGGUUAAGAGUGCGUUUCACUUAACGUCGUACUAAUUUUUCUGUCAAAGUUGAUUCGAAUCCAAACACUUUACCAAACAUAGCAACGUUUCUUCGGUGAUGUUAGAGUCGAAAGAGAAGGUUACGUUGGAUCCACAUGAUACGGAAGAUGAGGACCAAAUAUCGCAUAGAUUUAAAUCAGCAACUACAAUCGAACCGAUAUUUAGUAAUUCCGAACAAGAGAGAAGACUAAAGUCGAGCAAUGCCAAUAACGUAUCGUGUUUCCUUCCGAAUCACUCGGAUGAAAAUGGUGUAUUGGUACGAAAGCUACCAGGAAUAAAUUUGCCUGAGAAAAUUUUGUUCGUAAUCGACACUAUAAGAGAGAAGAAUUGCACUCCUUUCCAACUCACUACAGGAGCUAAGUACAUGCCUCUGUUUAUGAUUAAACGGGUAGUGGAAAGUUUUGUCUGUAUAAAAUCAACCCUUCAACGCAGCCACGAAUAUGCAGUAACGAUUCUAAAUUCUCAAGGUGCUCGUUGGAUUUGUGAUUUUACCAACAAUACUAAGUGCAUUAUCAAUUGCAUGGAUAUGAUCAACGAAGAUAUCCUGGAAGACGAUCAAAAGUCUUACGACUUAGGACAGAUGUUUGAACAAAUACACUCCAGGUUAUUCGUGCCACCAAAGAAACAUGGUAACGAAGAAAUGGUUCCACCAUUUCUCACCAGAGUAAUUUUACUAUACUCCAGAUCGUAUAGCAUCCCAAAAUUCCACACUGGUAAACAAUAUCUGGAAAGUCUUACAGAAAAUCCAUAUUUUUUUAUUGAUGUGUUAUACAUACACGAGCCACCGUCUUCCGAAAAUUUGUGCGAAGAAAUUUACGCGGAACUAGCGACGUUAGAUACGGCAAACUGUUCAUAUAUACUAGAAGUAGGAAGGAAUGCUGCAAAAGUACACGACAGUAUGGCUAAGUUGCUGGCGCAUCCUCUGCAACGACCGAUGCAGAAAGAAAUUUGUCACGCGAUUGUUCCAUCCUCCAGUUCUCAAGAAAUGUGUACCAAUGUUUAAUAGUAUAAUUUUUGUUCAUUGAAAA